AAUUCUCAAUUGUCUUAACCUAGUUAUUUGGCUAAAUCUUAAAACAUAUUUUUUAAACGACACAUGCACAGUAUCCAUUAACAUUUUUUUAUAUUUCUUGAAAGUCAAAAUUUUUAUUCUAAAAUAAAAAAAAAUCAUUCUGAACAAAUAAGAACAGUAGAUAAACACACUGCCAGAAACAAUUUUCGGCUUUAUAUCCAUUCAGUCCGGUUCUGCGCGUUGCUCUCUGCAUGCACGCCUUUGCAAAUAGAAUUCGAAGUAGAAAAGUGAAAAAUUUUUCUACCUCAUAAAAGCUGCAACUAACAGUGCCAGUUGUAUCGGAACCGCAAAACUCCUAAAUAUUUUGUAUUAUUCUUGAUCGCUCAUUGAACUUUCUGACAACCGGUCAGGUUCUCCGCCAUUAACCUCAUAUUUCUAGAAAGAAAAGUUUUCAUAAUGCGCAGCCGAACUGAAAUGGUAACAACCCAACUCGAGGGCUCAGACUUUGACGAAGAAUCGGAUUUCGAAGCUUCUGAAGAAGACUGGAAGCCAACCAAGGAUGAUAUGAAACCAAAAAAGGUUAAAUCUCCAACGCGCGCUAAGAAAGCACCAGCUGCUGGCAAAAAUGGGAAGAAAAAACCUGGUCGAAAACCGGCUAAACGAACCAAGCGCAAGGAAUCAUCUGACGAGGAAGAUGAUGAUGAUUUUUCGGAAUCUGAGGAAACAAUCCCACCACCGAAAGCUAGGAAACUUUCUGUCAAAAAAGAGCCUGGAACGGCACCCAAUACCAAAGUCGAAGCUAGCACAUCCGGAAGUUCAUCGUCAGCUGUUUCUAAACCAGAACCGCUUCAACGCAAAGUGGCCCCGACUCCCGUGAAGAGUUUCCCGGACAAGGGCGGUUUCCUAACAUUGUAUUUGUUCAAGGGCGAUCUCAAGGAGGGAAUCAUAAACAAUCAUCAAGUUUGUCUGUGGCGCCGAGAUGGUUCUAGUUUGCUUCAGAAGUAUCUUCGCGACAAAACAAUUACCGGCGACGUACCCCACUAUAAUUCGAGCAUGGUUUAUUCAUGUUGGGAAGACAAACGUUCCGACGAAUACCUUGAGGUCAAGGUGCGCUGUGUAGAGCAAGCGAAGCAAAUCCGGGUGGAGCUCACGAACGUUGAAGAGUUGGAGGCGAGAGCCAGGGGCGAGUAUGAGAGCUUCGUUGCUGUACACGGAGAAGUACAACCUCGUUCUUCAGCAGGAUCUUCGGGCAGCAAUAACAAACGCAAAAAAGGAGCCAAUAGCGCGGAUGAUGAAGAGGAUGGCGACGAUGACAAUGACGAGGAUGACGAUGACGAGGAGGAUGAAGAUGACGAAGACGGCGAAGGAACCGGAGCUGAUGGUCAAGGUAAUGAUGAUGAAGAUGAAGAAAGUGAAGACGACGUGCAAGAAGAGUGAAAUGAAGAUAUAAUUUAAAUUUGAUAAGACAUCGCCGCAGAUCUGCGCAUCCAGUAAAGUUCCGAUCAGAAGGAUAUUUCAAAGUCACGUUGAAAAGAGAUAUUUUUUAAAUUGAAAAAUCAUAAGUUGUAUUUUGAAUUCUAGUUCGAAUUCAUGGUAAACAAACUCAAAAUGCUUGACAUUAAACAAACACGAACUGUAAAAGUUAAAAUUAAAAAAAGAUUCUGGACUUUAUUAUUGAUGUGUAUUUAAAACUGAUAGAAAACCUUAUAUUUGCUGAAAUCUUAUCAAAAGAUUAAGAUUUGUCCCUGUAAAUGACCUACAAUUAUCUGAACGAUAAAGUGCUUGAAUUUAUCUUAUAUUUCGAGGUUAUCUUACUAUGAGACUAACGACACACAUCGAUCUUUUUACCAGUAAUGUUUUAGAAUAAUAUUAGGUAAACGUCUAUUCAACUACCUAUCAAAGUCCGGUAUAUAAGACUAUUUAUGAAUUCGAUGAUAUAUGAUUUGAUAAUAUAUGACUUUGAAAGUUUUAUCCUUCUAAUUGGGAUGCGGUGGUAGUAAUCACGUGGCAUAUCCUAAGUGAAAAUGAAACAGCGUAAUAUGUAAUAUUUUCGAUAGUCUUCUAACACGUGCAAAUAAACGAAGUCGAGCAUGGAAAUGGCAUGACAAGUGAAAAAUCAUAAUACAUAAUUUCAAAUAAUUUCUGCGGCCAAAUUAAUAUUCAUUGUUCUAAAUGAAACCUGCAACUAGAAAAUGACUUCUCAAAUAAAUCCUUAUAUUAUUCCAAAUGUGAGUACUAUGUAAA